AUGGCCUCCUUCUUGGCACAAAGAGCAAAAGAGCGUUUUAUAUUGGCUAGCCACUGGAAAAGAACGAGUAGGCUCUGGUUGGUAAAAUGGUCGUCCAUCUCUUCGUGGCGUUCUUUCUGGCUCCUUACUAACAGUACAUCUUUGCACUUCCUCUUCUACUGAUAUGAGCAGGUUGAGUUCUGAUCUCCAAUUCUCAAUCUUCCAAAUUCUUCCGGCCAUUCUUUCCUUUUCAAUCAACCUGGCUAAUAUUCCUCGAGGCAGCUUUUCCUUCAGAGCAAAGAUAAUCCAUGAAUCGU